AAUGUUACGUUGAGUCUCCUCCUCUUUGGUGUAGCCGGCGAGGGUUGAUUCAUGAAAUCUGUAUUUUUUAUUACGAGAAAGUAAGUUUCAUUAUUGGUUCGGGUGAGACCUCAGACCCCCGUAUGUAUUUUAGAAUCUGGCCGCAAACCGCUAGGUUUUUGAAAAUGUUGCAAUUAAUAGUGUCCCAUAAGCCGGUGCCAAGCUAAGACACGAUUUUGCCGGUUAGGGAUAUCUCUUUGUUUGACUUGACGAAGCGUGAUCUUUUGUUUAAUGUUGCUCUUUGUUCAGGGAAAGAGGUGCUGACAGGUAGUGUUCAUUUAUCGUUCGGUUUCGAACAGAUUUUUACCAUGCAGUACUUAAAGAAGUACUUUUCCGAAGGGCUCAUCCAGUUUACCAUCCUUUUAAGUUUAAUAGGAGUUCGCGUGGAUGUCACGCUAGAUACGUACUUGACUGGCUAUCUGUCGCCGCUACUGGAAACGAAUGUCGGACAAAGUUCGGCUUAUGUGCAGACGCCGGUCCACAAUCUGCGGGAUACUCUGGACGGCUACAGCCUGCAUCCGAAAUGCCCUGAUCUGGACAGUUAUUUCGCAAGCCGGAGACUCCUGGACGAGGUGCGCGCUCUGGGCUCGCCGCGCUUCCCCACGCGGCUCAGCGCGUGGCUGGUGCAUCUGGUCCCCUCGGGCUCUGACAGCACCGGGUCCGGCGAAGCUCGAGGUAGCGCGCCGGCGCUCGCGGACGCUAACAGGGGUGUCGGCGAGGAGGGAGACACGUGCGCGUCCGACUCCAGCGUGAGCCGAAGGGACGAGAGCCGGCGUGCUGCUCAGGAUGGGGACGCCAGGCCCUGUCCCUCUCCGGCUGCCUGCGAGCUUUCCAAAGAGGAUUCACAGCCCUUGAGGGAUGUGCCGUGGGGUCUGUCCCAGGAUGCAGCCGUCCCCGCGGACGAGGUGGCCGACGCCGCAGAAUCGACGGGACACGGGGAACCGGCACUCGGGCCACUUGCCCACAGUGACUCCCUGGAAGAGAGCUUCCUUAGUAGCAGUGACAUCCCCUCGUCACAGCCCUCAUCAAGCCCCGACCGCCAGGCUGCAUCCAGGGUUGACCACCAGUGGCAUGACUUCCUGCCUCUCUCUGGUUUCGAUGAUUUGGAGCUGGAAGUUCCACUGCGUGCCUCAGAUCUGGGUGUGGACAUCUCCAGGGCCCUGAGCCAAGAUGUGAGUCUGCAGGAUGCCUUGGUGACAGGUGGGGGCACCGAGGCCAGGAGAGCCCUCAGACAGGAGUCCAGCAACUCCACACACUCAGACUCUCUCCUAGGGGCCGGGGACCUGCCCAUGCACCUCCUCCUUCCGGUGGAAAACGGGACCCGUAACGGGACAUUCCACAGCUCGCUGUCUGGGUGUUUGGACGAGGCCGUAUUCGAGCAGAUCAACCUGCUUGGGCUCGGCCUGGAAGGGCUGGACACCCAGCUGCUCGAGGAACGCGACUCCGAUUCCGGCCUUUCGAUGAGCUCCGGUUUCAGGAGCCUUCGCUCACCUAGCUCUUCUGAAGCAUCGUCGGGGGAACUGUACGGCGACGAUAACGGGGCGGCGGGGUGCGUCAGCACGGCCGAACUCCUCGACUCCGGAGCAGCAGCGGCGUCUCCCCGCUGGUCCGACUCGGAGCUGGCUGAGUGUGUCCACCACAACCACACGUACAAUGCUUCUUUUCAGAGGAGCUCCGCCUGCUGCCAGGAGGACCUAGGACAUGCGGUGCACCGUAAGGUCAUCAAGAAGGAGGUGCUAAGUGAAGACGAAGAGGAGGAAGAGGAGGAGGUGGAGCUGAGCCGGGACGAGCGGCACGCCCGCGCCCUCCGCAUCCCUUUCUCGGUGAGCGAGAUCGUGAACAUGCCCGUGGAGGAUUUUCUGGAGCUGCUGGCCCGCCGUGGCCUCACCCAGGCCCAGGUGGCGCUGCUGCGAGACAUCCGCCGACGGGUUAUGGGUAAGAAACAAAUUGGCAAAUCGAAGAAGGAGGCAGAGCAGCCUGAAGAAUUUGUGGUGGAGAAAGUGAUUGACCAGCGUAUUGUGAAUGGGAAGGUGGAAUACUUCCUGAAAUGGAAAGGCUUCUCAGAUACAGACAACACCUGGGAGCCUGAGGAGAAUUUAGAUUGUCCAGACCUGAUAGAGGCGUUUCUGGCCACCCAGAAGUCUGUUGUUGAGCGGCCAGACUCGAACAAGAGGAAACCUUCCACCGAUGGGACUGAUUCAGAAGAGAGCAAAGCGAAGAAGAAGAAGGAUGUGGCUGAAAAACCUCGUGGGUUUGCCCGUAACCUUGAGCCUGAGCGUAUCAUUGGAGCCACAGAUAGCAGUGGAGAGCUGAUGUUUCUCAUGAAAUGGAAAGACUCUGACGAGGCAGACCUGGUCCCGGCGAAAGAGGCCAACGUCCGCUGCCCCCAAGUGGUCAUCGCGUUCUAUGAAGAGCGUCUCACAUGGCACUCGUGUCCUGAGGAUGAGCAGCAGUAGUGUCUGGCUGCUCCCCCUCCCUGCUUGCUCUUUUAAUCUUGUGGUAGUCUCCCCUUACCCCCCCCCCCCCCCCCCCCCCCCCACCGUUUCCAGGUAACAUUUAGUUUAAAUCGCAGUGCAGAGUGGCGAUUGGCUGUUUGUGUGGAUUUUACAGGUAGGAUGUCUAGGGGCUAACUUUAUGGAAUGAGAGGGGCAGUGAUUAUGUAGGGGCUGGGGGGGGCUUGUUUAUUAAAAACUCCGUAUGAGCAGAGAGGGUCGACUUGUCAGUUUUUAAUUUGAUGUCCCUGGUGCAGCUGCCAGGUGCUUCCCAGGGCUGUGAAAUGGUGUAUUUGGGGCUUUCAAUCUGCCAGGUGAUGCAUACCUCAAUAUUUGAAGGAGAGACCAAUUGAUGCAUUUUAAACUGCCCCCUGAAGUUCCUUAGUGUAUUCAUUUUAAUUAUUCUAGGUGACUUGUACUGGAUGCUUUUCUCCUCGAGUUGCUGUUCUUAAUGCCAUUUUAGGCUUUUGUCUUUGACCCAACGUGUGCUCUCUGUUCAUAGCUUGUUUUGCCGCCCGUCAACUUGUAGUGUCAUUUGAAACUUUGUUGCAUACUUGAAUCAUAUUUGAACAGUGACACUGUAUAUUCACUUUGUAAAUAUUUUCAACUGUUCAAUAAAGGUUUAUAUGCUUCAUUUAUAA